AUGAAGGUAACUUAUUCCUUGAGGUUAGUGAAGUUGGUCGCCGUUUCAGUCGUGCUCGUCCUGUUUGCUCAGAUCUUACUGAACAGAGUAAACAAACUGAGUAAACACCCCAAGUUUAGUCCCCUCACCGAGGAGGAGUACAGGGUGAUAUCUCCUAAAACAUACAGCUAUAUCCUCAACCAGCCUUUAGUAUGCAAGGACAGAAACCCAUUCCUAGUUUUCAUGGUCCCAGUUACACCUCAGGAUGUUGCAGCAAGGGAAGCCAUCAGGAAAACAUGGGGUGCUCCAGGACAGGACACCCUUACUCUGUUCUUCGUGGGCCUUCCUGAGGGUGGUCAGAGGUCAAGCACUUCAGGGGAGCUGGAGAAGGAGAGUGGGGAACAUGCAGAUAUCAUCCAGAUGAAUUUCCAAGAGAGUUACCAGAAUUUAACAAUCAAGACUAUGAUGAUGAUGAACUGGCUGGCCACCCACUGUCCAAAUGCCUCCUACGCCAUGAAAGUGGAUUCUGACAUCUUUGUGAAUGUGUUCUACCUCAUCAGACGCCUGUGGAGCUCUCCCAGGCAGGAGUUCAUCACAGGAUCAGUCAUACGGGAUGGCAAGCCGAAGCGGGACGUACACAACAAAUGGCGUGUGUCAGAGGAGCUGUACCCACAGGACAGCUUUCCCCCAUAUCUAUCUGGAGCUGGGUAUGUCUUCUCAGCAGAUCUGGCUGCCAGGAUCUCCUGGGCGUCCAGGUUUGUUCGGAUGAUCCCCUUGGAGGAUGUCUACGUGGGAUUGUGUCUGCAUGUGCUGGGUGUGAACCCGGUGUACUCCCGCAGUUUACCAACCUUCAGGAACCUGUUUGAAAUCAGAAAUCUAGAGUACGACAGGUGCUAUUUUUCCAAACUGGUUAUUGUAAAUGGGUUUAAGCCAUCAAAACUUCUGCUCGUUUGGCAGGAUUUUACCACUGGGCAAUCUAGCUGCUGAUAGAAAGUAAACCAAGUGUUUCAGAAAUGACAUGAGUAGCCUAUAAAGGAAAGAAGUCAUUGGAAACAGCCAUUUGAAUGAGAAGAUAAGAUUCAAGGGUUUUUGGGUUUCAAUGUAUUAACAAACAUAAGAGGUUGUUGAAAAUGCAAUAUGUUGUGUGUGUCAGAUAUCAGGGAAUUUCACAUCUAUAAUGUGGUGGUAGAAAACUAAAACAGUGUUGAGAGCCAAGUCGCCAAAAACUUUGUCUCAACCUCUUUUCACAUUUUUUCUUAUCAGUGUUUGAAUGAUGCUGUUAAAAAUGACUUGAAACACUAAAACUUGAAACACUAAGACCUAGUAAACUUUAAAACUCUGGUAAAUGCACUCGCAAAAAUCUAGACCAGCAUAGACAUAUGUUGGGCUAAACACUAUAAAAAAAAACGAAGAGUUAAUUGUCAGUGUUCUGAUACAAACAGCCAAAUCUGAUCAGGCUGUCCUGAUUCUGAGGGAGGUACAGCCCUAUGACAAACUCAGAUUAUGUGGCCUUCAUGCCCUGAAAUCCUUUUGUUGUUUUGCAAGUCUGAAUGACGUGCAACUGCAAAGCUUCCUGCCCCUCAGGUUUUAGAGAUUUGCUGUUGAAAUGAAAGAGUCAUCGACUGAAGUAAUACAAAGAAAUGCAGGAAGAAGGAAGUGCUGCCUUUUUACCUGACUCGACCCUUUGAACAAUACUCAGUUACAUUACAGUGCCUGUUAGCUGUAGCCAACACUGUGUUCUCUUUAUGAGAGAAAAAAAAAAAACACAUUUACUACAAGUGCUUUGCUUAUUUAUCUAAAGUGCUGGAGAAGUCCUCUGAACAUAGAUAACACAAUGUGUCCUCAGAAUUCACAGUUUCAACCAAAGACUAUUUCAAACACAUCCAUUUUACUUUGAAUGCACUUAUUCUUACUUAGCCAGUGCCUUAUAGAUUUGACCCAUUUGUACAGAACAUAAUAUGUACCAACAUUAGCCAUUAAAAUGUUGUAUGCUGAUAUGAUAUGUAAAAAAAUAGACCUAGAGAGUAACAUGCAAUGUAUUUGUUGGGUUAUUGUGCCUAUUUUUGCACUCUAUGUAUGUAUGACAGUGCCUACUUAUUUAUGCCUGUUUUGUAAUUGUAUAUGACAACCAGCUGGUGGCAGUAUAAUCUCAAGAAAUAUGCAGCUUGCACUUCUACAAAGCAGAGACAGAUUGUGUGACCUUUAGAAAGUAAUAAUUUUGUAACUGUACUUGUUGAACUUGAUGCCUUUUUGGGUCCAACGGUUUAAAAUGCUGCCUGCAUUUCACCAUAUCAAAAAGCCUCCGGGGUUUAUUGUAUACCUCAUUACUGGAUGUUUUGUCAAGUUACUUCUGAAUGUGACUGAGACAAAUCAGUAAAAUUAACUUUUGCAAUUCAGUCUCUUUUCCCUUUAAGCUAGUACCUUGGUAUGUACCAUGCUGUAAUAAUGCUGCUUUUUGUCCAGAGAAUUAAAAGCCUUUUGCCAAAUAGAUUACACUUUGUUUUAAUUAGUCUCCUUUCAAAUAGUUUCUAAUCUUCAGAUUAUAAUUAUGUGAUUAAAUAAUGUCCUGAAUGAAAAAUCUGUUAUAAACACAAGGUGAUGACUGAAGUGCGGUGCUGGAAUUCACUGAAACAUCUUUUAAGAUGCAGUAUAUAAAUCAGUGUGUUCAAGUCCAGUCCUCGAGCCCCCCCUGUCCUGCAUGUUUUGGAUGUUUCUCUGCUCCAACACACCUGAUUCAAAUGAUCAGCUCGUUAUUAAGCCAUUACAGAGCUUGAUAACGAGCUGAUCAUUUGAAUCAGGUGUGUUUAGGCAGGGAAACAUCCAAAACAUGCAAGACAGGGUGGGCUCGAGGACUGGACUUGAGAACCACUGAUAUUAUGAACAGACUUAGUAGAAAUUAAGUACUAUAUUGAUAAGCAUGAAUCACUUAAAGAUACAACCAUUUUGUUUUUGAUAACUUGGAAUGCACCUUUAAUAUCUACAGUAUAAGGCCCUCUUCCUCAGAGGUUGUUAUCCUGUACCGCAAUGUUUAUGCUGUAGCUCAGAACAGACAAACUAGAAAGGUAUGUGUUCUUGCUUUAAGUGAGAAGCAGUGCAAAAUAAACCUGUUGGAGUAAAAACAGAAAUAGUAACUACUAGUGUGCACUAAAAUAUCUUCAUUUAGAGGAUUUUUGACAAUAACUUGACAAAUGGAGGAUCACAUCAUGCAUUACAGAACCUUCUUGUUUUGAGGGCCUACAUUGCUUCAUACAUGGGAGAGGUGAGCAAAAAAGUUUUUUUUAAGCAAGAACAAGACUGCUUGAUAUUGUUAAAUACUCCGAUUACAUACUGUAACAUAAUGAGAAGUAUUUGGCAGCAACAGGUUCUUUUUUGCUGAGGUGGACUAAACUUGUGCUCUGUGUCAGUACAUACUCAUGAACUAUCUCUUGUCCAACCAUAUUACUUGGUUGGAGCUACUUUUAAUAUAUUGAGAACAGCAUUUGAAUAAAUAAGCUACUUAAAACGUGAAAUGUUGACUGUUAUUGUACAAAAUUUUAAAAGGUCUGAAAAAACAGCAAUAUUCUUAAAACCAGAGUGAGUCGAACUGUUCGUGAAUGCAAAAGUGGCCUAAUAGACACUGAAUAAGUAGAUUACAUAAUGCUGAAUUUGAUUCUGAUCAGACCGUCCUGUUAAGUGGCCUGCCCUCUGGCUGAUUGAGAAAACAGAGCUGGUGAGUGGGCUCUGAAAUAAACGGCUGCUUGCUUCAUGAUUCACAAGUGUGGCUGAAAGUCAGCAGAUGGCAGCCUCGCAGUAAACCCUGCAACACCUACAACAGCUUCACAACUCCACAAUACUCUGCAGAAAUCGAGCUACAGCUGAGGCCUGUUUCUUUUUUUUCUUCUGUAAUGGACUUGAACCAAACAGACGAUUGCAUCUUAAUUACCGGGAAAAAGGCUGAUUAUUUAUCUUGUGCCAGUGUUGGCCUUUAUCAAGAUCAUAUCAAACCCUGUUAGAAAUCUACAAGACUGCUACUGCACUCAACUUGUUUUUUAAAGUUUGUAAGAAGAAAUGAGAAUAAGAAGAACUUUAUUAAUCCCUGAAGGGAAAUUCAAUUGUCUGUCGUCUCAUUUGUCAUGUCAAUCUAAAAGUCAUCUACUAUUUACAGAGGAGUUGUGCAGUCUGAUGGCUGUAGUCACAAAAGAUCUUCUGAAUCUUUCUGUCCUGCAGCGAAGAGAGAGGAGCCGUCCACCACCAUUGGUCCUUUGGUCCAUUAAGGUGUUGUGAAGUGGGUGAUCCAUGUUCUUGUGAACAGUCUCCACUUUCCUCAGUGUAGAUCUCUGAGGAGAUCUACACUUCACCGUUAAGCUAAGUUUUAAACUCUACCGUCUUUAUUUUUUUAUUUUUAAGAUAGUUUUAAGAUCCAGCUUGAAUGUGAACUGUGCAUAGAAAAUAGCUUUCAACCAUUUUUUUUAUUGUUUUAUUAUUUAUUGUCUUCUCAUAUUGUGUCUUUUUUUAACCUUUUACAUCGGUGGUUUUAUUUCUCAAAAUUUUCUGUAUUUUAAAUUGUGUUUUUUUAGUUAUAUUCUCUUCUUUUUCUUUGUUAGGCGUCUUUGAGCACCUGUAAAAGCGCGUUAUAAAAAAAUUAUAAUUAUCAUUACUAUUAUUAUUAUUAUUAUUAUUAUUAUUAUUAUUAUUUGUAUUAAUAUAAAUAGGUGCCUGUAUGUCACCCCAGCUUCUUCUGCAAACUAAGAGAAGUGAUCUGAGGUAGUUUCUCUUUUUGUUAUGCACAUUUCAAUUUUUGAGAAUGUAUUAACACACACGAUACAGAAUACACUUGCAUUGUGUAUGGGGCACAUGGAGAGAUUUAAGUUCAUCAGAGAAACAUGGAAAGAGUAGGGUAGAAGAGCAUUUCAGCCUCUAGUGGCAGAUUUGAGUAUUACAACAACAAACACAAAAAUAUUAUGCUGCCAAGAUCUUUUUUUCCCCUCUCCUGUGUGAAAUCCACCCAUUAAUCUUCAUGAUAACAGAUCUAGGAAGUCUUUUAAUCAUGUUAUCAUUCUGUAAUCUACAAUUAUAAAAUAUAAUAACCAUCCAUCACAACAGCUUUACCCUGUAGGCCCUCUGCUCCUCUGUUUAUUUCACAUACUGCUCUUCUCCAUUCUCUGCAGUGCCCAUUUGUCUGUUAUUUGUGUGCCUGUUGUUCCAGUCUAUUCAUUUCCCACACUGGCUGAGUGGGAGUUUAUGCUCGGGGCCAGAGCUCCUCAUUGUUCAAAUCACUCCCACCCCUGCGCUGUAUCUAGAUACUUCAGAUCAGCAAAAAACACUUUAUGAGCCCAAUGUAUUCCAGAAGUGAAGAUUUGAUAGUGUUGUCUUGAGUUUUUCCUCACAAAGUGGGUUUGAGGGCUGAUAAUGGUCUGGGAAUGAUUUAAAAACAUGUGUAUGAGUACUGUAUAUGACUGUGUGUAACCAAAAAAUCAAAUAAUUAUUGAUGAUAAUGAAAACCUCCAUCAUGUCACAGUUAUUCUCCCAUCAGUAACACAUUAACUUCCCUGCCUGCUGCUGCUGAGCUCCAGCCGGUCUCCUCAAACUCGUGGGUGGAGUUUCACCCACCGACGCGCUGUAGAGGCUGGUUCCUAAGACAACCCAUGAAACAUGCAUUUCCAUUACCAAGGCUUGUUUCACCACGGCAUCAACCCGAGUAGCAAGCUGCAGAAACCCGAAAACAUCGCCCGUACGCUGCAAGAGACGCUGCCAGAGGAGAAGUGUUAA